AAUCAGUCUGUCAUUUGCCAAGUGUGUGUGUGUCAGGAAAUGUAACCCCAACAACUUGAACUUAAUAUGUCAAGUUGAUAUGGUUAUAAAAGAAAUAUGAAAUUGAGAUAAUCCAUAUACUCGUACUCUCUAUUCUUACAAAACCAUUAUUAGUGUCAAAUAUCCGUGUGAAUACCUCAAAUCCACUGCAUCCUCUGCCACAGAACAUUCCCCAACUGUGCACUGGAAGGAGGCAAGACAGUGUGUGUUCCUUGUGUUGCCUGGAAAAUGGAACACUUGUCCCAAAUAUCAACCACUGGAGACUUCUAUCAGUUCCUGAAGGUGGUCUGUGUGUGGCUGAAAACUUUUCUUUAUUUUGAUUUCUUGCUUUUUCUGAAGUACUUCUUGGCCUGUUUGGUUGUGCACUGGGUGGCAAGUGCUAGCCUGGGCUGGCUGGCUGCUGCUGUGUGCUGUAAAACGCUGUAUGACACAUGGGGAAGCAGGAACAAGGCUGCAGGGACACCAGAGGCUGACAAGAGAAAACCAGCGUAUCCAUCAGGGCAGAGCUUGGAGUCAUCGUUCAAUGGAGAAACAACGAAAUGGUUAAACAAGAUCAUCCACCAGCUGUGGCCAUAUAUAGGUGAAUACGUCUAUGACACACUCAAGUUUUACAUGGAGCCUUUAUGGUUCGAUGACAUCAGCAUUGGGGACACUCCCUUCUCACUGAAUAACAUCAAAGUCUUAGAUACAACUGAAGAGAUUGUGCUGGACAUGAACAUUUUGUACAGAGGUAACGCCAAGAUUACCACUGGCAUGGCUUUACACCUGAACAAUCUGAAGAUUGAAGGCAGGAUGCGAGUAGUGCUGAAACCUUUGCUGCCACAGAUUCCCUUCAUUGGAGGACUGCAGGUUUCUUUCCUUGAGGAGCCAGAUAUCACUUUCACCAUCUGUCUAUUGAAUGUGCUUCCCAUGAGAUUUUGCAGUGUCAAUGAAAACGUGAGGAAGGAGAUAAUUGCUAACUUGAUGGUGGCACCCAAAUGCUGGUCCAAACGACUGGUGGAGGACAUCCCCAUUGAGGAGUUCGAGAACAUAUCCCCAGCUGCACAGCGGGUGGAACAGCAGAGUGACAAUGGUGGAGGAAGACAAAGGGCAAUGGAAGUGGCACAAGAAUGUGACAACACCCCAGAAGAAGGAGACACGCUGGAAGGGGCAGGGGAGGUAGGGACAUCUCUUUACCUGAGCCAGGACACCCCCACACCAGCUGCUGAUGAAGUGGAUGCCCCCACCAAUCAGAGGCACCUCAGCAGCAGUGGCAGCUUGGGCCGCAUCAAGCUGUCAGUACAUCAUGGUACGCGGAACAACCUGGUGGUGUUGAUACACUGUGUUGAGAUCCUACGAAAUGAACAAGGCAGAGAGCUCCCAGACAUGUAUGUCCAGCUGUACCUGCUCCCAAAGAGGAACAAGAAGAGCAAACGCGCAAAAAAGCUUGAGUAUGAUGACAGAUUUGAGUAUGAGUUGCCGCUGAGAGAAGACGCCACGCUGGAAGUGACCAUCAUUAUUAGCAAGAAGCACAAAAAGCGCUCAGUACUGGGGCAGGUGUGCCUGCCCCGUCGCUUGCUGGAAUCCGAAAUAGUGGAGCAAUGGUAUGACCUUUGUCCUUGUGAAGACAGGGACAAGUGAGGCCCAGGGAGUGCCUGGGAGUGUGUUCAAUUGGAUGGGCUGAUUGAUUAUUUGAUACACUGAUUGAAGGCACUGACUGAUUGAAGACUGGAGAGGCAGCUAGCUGGCUGGGAGCCCCAAGAAGUGUUAAGGGAGGCUGCCUGGCCCCUGUGAGUCAAAUUAUAUAGUUGUGGGCAUAAAUCAAGUAACCUUCAUGAUUUUCUUCCACUGUUUUGUCUUUUCCUUCAGUCUUAAGUCCUUUAAUUUGCUGAAAAUCUUACAAAAUCAUAAGACUUAACUAUUCUGCCUAUAUACCAGGCUGGCAAUCUCACACAGGGUGGUCCAGACAAAGCACCGCACUCACACACACACACACACACACACACACACACACACACACACACACACACACACACAUACACACACACACACACACACACACACACACACACACACACACACACACACACA